UUUAACAGCUGACAAAAAAAUGUAACAGGAUGAGCACUUAACUUUCUUUAUUCCUUUAAACGUACUCUUUUUUCUUUCCCUAUUCUUUUGGUAGGAAAGAUUAAAAAAGAAAAACUGGGUUUGUAGUUUCUUCAUAAAGAUAGGUAUUGUAUUAUUAAAUCAUGGUUUUGUAGUUGAAUUUGGUGUAUUGGGCAAUUUGGUAGAACCCAACAGAAGAAUGUCUUUUUCCCCUUUUUUUGAGAAUUAAGGAUGAAAUAUAGGAUCAUCAGACACCUCUGAAAUCAACAAAAAAAAAAAAAAGGUUGGAACUUGUGUAAAAAUCUCAUCUUUGUGCAAUAUUGGAUAGAAGAAAAGGGAGGAAAAAUGGGAAAGAAAAGGUCUUUGAAGAGCAAAGCUGUGCACUUUGUAACUGAUCUUACCACCGGACUUCUUAACCCCAUCUCUGAUAAAUCAUCUAAGCCUCCUGAAACUUUGAGUGAGCCAAAAAUAAGUCAAGUAGAGUCAAUUAACAAAGAGGAUGAUAGGGGGGAUCUUGUUGAUGGCCCCGAUACGUCUUCCUUUACCGCAUUCCUCUAUUCGUUAUUGUCUUCUUCGGAAUCAGGUCACAAUGUGAACCUUGAUGAGGAAGAUGAUAGAGAGGAAACUGGUGAUGGAUCCGACACAAAAACGAAAGAGAAUGGUGUAAGGAAAAGCUUACUUUCUAAAGGUAAGCAAUCACUUAGAGCUCUUUACCAAGCUACUAGGAUAAUUGGAUACCGAAAUCAAGACAACAAGGGCGAUUCUGCCAAGAAAAGUGAUGAUGAUGAUGAUGAUGAUGAUAAGGGUGAUACUAAAUUCGACGGACUUGAGAUGAGACAUAUGCAAAAUGUCGAGGAACCUUUGGAUUCUGAAGAUCUUCCAGAAACUUCUGAACCAUCAUUGCUUCUUACGGAGAAAACAAGAAAUGCCCUUUAUGGAUCACUUCCGGCCCUUGUUCAAGGGAGAAAGUGGUUAUUGCUCUACAGUACAUGGAGGCACGGUAUAUCACUGUCAACAUUGUAUAGAAGAAGCGUGCUCUGGCCCGGCCUCAGUUUACUGGUUGUUGGAGACCGUAAAGGUGCAGUGUUUGGUGGCCUGGUUGAGGCGCCCCUAAAACCGACUAAUAAGAAAUAUCAGGGAACAAAUAAUACCUUCGUUUUCACAAAUGGACCUGGUGGCCCGGUUAUAUACCGUCCAACAGGUGCGAAUCGAUAUUUCACUCUCUGUUCCACAGAAUUUCUAGCAAUAGGUGGUGGCGGCCAUUUUGCGCUUUAUCUAGAUGGUGAACUUUUGAAUGGAUCUAGCUCGUUCUCCGAAACCUACAGAAAUCCCUGUCUUGCGUCCAGUAAAGACUUUGAAGUAAAGGAGGUCGAGUUGUGGGGCUUCGUACACGGAUCAAAAUACGAGGAAAUACUUGCUUCAAGCAGAAUAGAGAUGCCUGGAAUUUGCCGCUGGUAAAAAACUUCACACCGGCUGCUGGUUCUCAUGGCGGUUUUUGUUCGUUUAGUUUCGCUAAAGAAGGGUUCGAGUAAAGAAGGAAAACAAUAAAAAGAAAGGGUCCUAACUCCUAAUGAUUAUGCACGUCACUCGGAUGCCACACAAGAUCAUUUUUAUGUUUGCAGGUUACCUUGUGAACAUUAAAGAUGACAUCCUGAACUUGGAUUGCUAAAUCUGCAGGGAUUUGAGUUGUGGCAAACCUGCAUUCGCUCAAAAAAGAAACGAACCGCGUGAGCUACGGAGAUAAUAUACUCUGUAUGCAUCUAAACGUUUUUAUUGAUUACACAGCAAUUAUUAGUUGGAAAUUAUAGUGUUCUGGAAUGAAGUUUUGAGAGCUUGAAUAGCAAGGAAUACAUGUUUUUUUUUACCAUGAGAGUUCUUUCCUUUCAAAGCUAUCAGCUGCGAGGAUGAGCUUAUUUGGAACGACGAUGCUUUGGUCAUAGGGUUGAUGAUCGGUACCAUCGGCGUCACUUCCAACAGGACUUUGAGGGUGAGGCAUUUGAAGAGAUUUCAUGGUAAUGUGCUCUUCCUGCAAUAGUAAUAACUGGCUUGUUGAGUAACUUGGUACUGUAUAAAUGGGUGAAGAACACAUGAAACAAAAGUAGGGUGCAGUUUGAGUAAAUGUGAGGAGCAAGUCUGUGGCUAGAAGGGACAUAUAAGGUCAAUUUGGUUGGUGGUGGGCUCUGCUCAUUUCACUGGUUUUUUUUAAAAUAAGUAUAGGAACUGUUGUAAGGAAAAAGAUGGAGAUGGAUCAAGGUUUGAUGUGUUAUAAUUGAAGGGAAUGUUAUGAUUUGUCAAUUUUUGAACCACAUUUAUGCUUUGGGUCGUAUUAUUAAACGGUGAUUGUGUGGCUGACUGGACACAGACACUGUUGUCCCACAUUUAUUAUACUAGUUUCAGUCCAUAUCCUCCAUCAUGCAAUGAUAUCGGUGAAUGUACUGUUUUAGGGUUGAUAUUAA